AUGCAUCGCUUCUCGAUUUGUAUCUUCGUUCUGUGCCUUCUCUCAGAUCUGGUGGCCUCCGAUGCGCUCCACGCGCGGAACCCACAGAUCACCUCCCCAGCAUUCCUCCUCGACAAGCGGCAAGCCAUAUGCCAACAACCAUCCGAUACCAUCUGCCCCGACAUGACCGGCUGCUGCCCCCUCAACGCCCCAUGCACCCGCACCACCUCCAACAUCCCUCUCUGCCAAACCACCUGCCUCUCCGCCCUCCGCUGCUCCCCCCCUUUCACCAAUCUCUGCUGCCCCUCCGGCUCCACCUGCGACCCCGCCAACCACGGCCUCUGCGCACCCACCCUCGUCCUCGGCCGCGCAUCCCUCACCUCCCCUCCCGCCGUCCGCGCCACACUUACUGGCACCGGCACCGCCACCCCCAGGGCCACCGCAGGCGGCGUCGGCGACCCGUCCGCAGAAUCCCGCUGCCGCGCCCGCGGCGGCGCGUGCAUCCUCGUGGACUCCUGCAGCGAGCAGGGCGGGUCGUCGACGGCGGGGCUGUGCCCCGGGGGCGUGGACGUGCGGUGCUGUUCGCUGCCGUUGGACGAGAAGUGCGGGGGGCGGGGCGGGGCGGGGUGCGUGAGUACGGAGUUUUGCGCGGCGAAGGGGGGGGAGAGCGUGAGUGGUCUGUGUGGGGGCCCGGGGAAUAUUCGGUGUUGCGUUGGCGGGGCGGCGGGGAAUGGCACUGGAAAUGGGACGACGUUGUCGGUGAAUAAUCGGACGACUAGUACGGUGGGGGGGACGAGGUCGGUUGGGGUGACGAGUUCGUCGGAGCGGGCGGGACCGUCGUCGAGCGUCGUGGGAGGGGGAUUGGUGGGUAUCAAGACUUGGGGGAUGGAAGCUGUGGUGGCUCUAGCGGGAGCGGUGGCGAUUCUAUGA